AUGCGUAAUAGUAUGUGUGAACGAAAGUGGUAUCAACAUGCAGCAAGAACAAUUACGAUAUACGUGAUAAAGCAUAUGAUUGAAAGUGGUAACAAUGUGCAAGCGAAUGUAGAGCAUCAAUCAUGCAACAUGAGUAAUAAUAUGUGUGAGCGAAAGUGGUAUCAACAUGCAACAGGAAAAAUUGCGAUGCAGCAAGAACAAUUACGAUAUACGAAAGUGGUUAAUGAAGGCGUUAAAUGCAUUAUUCCUGAGCGUAUAAUGAGUAUAGAGUCGACAUGUAAAUUUUUUGAACUUUUUGAUUUAACUACGUUAGGGCAAUAUGAUAAUAGAGAGUCUGAAGGUUGGCGAGAAGUAGACAAUGGGUUAGAAGGUGAUUUGAGAAUGCUUGAAGUUUUAGGUUUUAUGCAAGUCAAGUUUUGUCUUGCUUCCAAUACAAAUUUAGACACUUCAGUUUCAAUUCAAGACAAACCAGAUGCUUUCAGCAUUUUAAUGGCAAAUUCAAGGCAGCCUUUGCUUCCUCGUCAUUGUAAUGAGCGUAAUAACUAUGAUCGACUUUAUAAUGAAAUUAUCGAACUUUUCAAAGCUCAACAGGUUGGAUGGACAGGUGGUUUACAUGAAACAAUAGGAAAAGCAUUCGUAAAUCGUAUUGCAACUGCUCUUUGGUAUAUUGAUCCACAUCUUUCAACACUAAGUGCACGUUCAUAUCAUCUACCAGCUCUUUUUGCACAGUUGAAAACGUAUCAGGAUGGUAAAUCAUAUGAUGAGUAUUAUUAUACUGGUCAUCAUAAAAAGAAUCCAUUGUCUCAACAAAAACUUGUGCAUCUUUCGAGUUCUCUUGAGAUUUCUAUAAGUCAACCAUGGGCGAGUAGUGAUAGGUGGAAUCAAGUAAUGCCUGCAGUUCUUUCUUUAAUUGAAAUUUUGAAAAAAUAUUCGGACUAUUUAAUUGCAACAACUGCUAGUAUGAAUGAACUUCAUCAUAGCAAUGAAAGUGCCCGUAGUCCUGGAAAUAAUAGUACCAUGUACCGAGUUAGUGCUUGUGAACCUCAUCAACUUAAAGAUGAAUAUGUUCAAUUGGACGAUCUAUUAUCUGAAAAAUCAUUUUACGAACAUAUUGAAAUUCAACAAUAUCUUCCAGACGAUGCUAUAAGCCGAUACAAAUUUAUGAAAGAGUUGCAGCUUACAUUUUCUAUUG